AUGUAUUUCCCAAUUGUAAUUGUGCUGUUCGUUGCCUUGGCUAAUGCGGAAUCGAACAGUAUUAUUCAGGGUCCAGAGGAGUGCUAUGGUGGUGUUUGCUUGCCGAAACAUCUCUGCCCUACAGGAAUCCAGGGAGAAGAUGGUGUCCCAACGAUCCGAAUUGACGAAGACAAUGCAUGUGCAGAUUUCAUGAAGGUAUGCUGCAAGGAGUCUACUUCAAAUUCGACAAUUGUCGAAAUAAUGGAGCAAACGGCGAAUAAUUCCAACCAGAAAUGUGGAAUUUCCAACCCUCAAGGAUUGGUGUACAACGUGGAAUCGAACCUUACGUACGCGAAAUAUGCGGAGUUUCCUUGGACGGUUGCUAUAUUACAAAAAUCUUCCUCGUCGGACCCUGCUGAACUGACACUCGUAGGGGCAGGCACUCUUAUACAUCCGAAGUUUGUCCUAUUGGCAGCUCAUACGCUGCAGGGUGCGCAUCGAUACGUGGCUCGGUUUGGUGAGUGGAACAUGAAUUCAGAUGCGGAGAUCUAUCCAUCGCAGGAUAUUGAAAUAGAAGCACACUUCUUACACCCUGAGUACAUCGACGCAAUUCCACCCGAGAACGAUAUAGCUCUUGGUGUCCUGCAAGAAACGGUCAUCUACUCGGACCACAUUCGACCCCUGUGUCUUCCAAGCGCUCGUGAUGUAUUCGAUCGUAAACGGUGCAUUGCCACCGGAUGGGGUUUGGACAUACGAACAGAGCAGCCACCGUCCGUCAUGAAGCGGAUAGAAAUGAACGUUUGGUCACAAAAUUUAUGUGAGAUUGUUUCGAAGUUGGCUCCAUUACGACUGAAAGAUCGUUUAAUAUGUGCGAACACGGAUGAAUAUCAGAACACGUGCAUGAAAGAUGGCGGUGCUCCUUUGGCGUGCCAAAGAGACGAUGGGUCUUACGUUUUGGCUGGAAUAUCUUCGUGGGUUGUGUAUUAUCGUUCACCAGGCUUUCCGGCAGCAUAUGUUGAUGUGGCGAAGUACUCUACCUGGAUAAAUAACAUAGUGCACGAACUUGACUAA